AUUCAAACCCCCGGAACUGAGCCACUACUUUAGUCAAUCCUCUUUGGUUUCAGGUUUCACUUUUUGAUUUUUCAGAGAAUUUUCCGGGAAAAAUGGCGACUGUAGUGACUAAAGAUGAGUAUUUUGCGAGUUACGAGAAUCUUGAUGUUCAUAAAUUGCUGUUGGCUGACAAUCCACGAAUGACAGCAUAUAAAAAUGCAAUUAUGAAUAAUAAAGAUUUAUUUGCGGGAAAAGUUGUAAUGGACGUGGGUGCGGGCACCGGAAUUUUAUCAAUUUUCUGCGCACAAAUUGGGGCGAAGAUUGUUUAUGCUGUUGAGCCGACUCGAUUGUCGUCAUUGAUUGGAAAUAUUGCUGCUGAAAAUGGUGUAGGUCAUAUUGUCAAAGUUAUUCCCAAGAAGCUUGAGAACAUUCGAGAUGGCACUGUCGAGGUCGUUGACGUAAUCAUCUCCGAGUGGAUGGGAUUUUACCUCGUCCACGAGGGGAUGCUCGAUACGAUAAUCACAGCGAGGGAUCGAUUUCUCGUGACAAAUGGAUUAAUAUUUCCUUGUAUCGCAAAAUUGUACGCAGCUCCUUGUCAGAUUCCGGAGUUUUUCGAAUUCUGGAAUGACGUUUGUGGAGUUAAAAUGGAAACGGUUGGGUAUAAAUUUAGGGAAUCAAAGUGCACGAUACCAGAGAUAAUGAUCGUGAAACCCGAAAAUUUACUGUCAGAUGGAAAACUCGUUGCCUCGCUAGAUCUGACGUCCGUGACAAUUAAUGAUUUGUCGACGAUUGGGGGCCGGGAUUUGGUGUUUCCGGCGAAUAAAUCGGGGAAGUUGCAGGGGAUCUGCGUGUGGUUUGACGUGGAAUUUCCGAAUUCUUCGCAGCUGUCAACAUCUCCUAGGAGAGAGCCCACCCACUGGAAACAGACGGUCAUCCUUCUCCCUUGCUGCAUGGAAUUCGAUAAAUCAGAACCGAUUGCUCUGAAAAUAACAGUGAGAAGGGAUAAGCGGAAGCCUCGGUGGUAUCGUCUUGAGGCCGAAAUUCUGAAUCCUGAGGAGACUGAGCACGAACUGCCCUGCGACUGCUGGCUGAUCAAGUGCAUUGUAACGAAAAAAUUUAUUCUAGAAACGGGGAGUUAUUGAUAGCAAAUGAAUUUCUGCCAUUUGGGGGACAACUGGAGUGAACGAAACAUUUUUACAUUUCGUUUUUACGUGUCUUUUAUUUUCAUCCUUUGUUAACAAAUUAUUUUGAUGAUUUAGAGCACUUCUUUUCACGAAAUAAUACAUUUUUUUAGUUAGUACGUUAUUUUUAAGUUUCUACAAAAUUAAGUAUUAUAGAUUCGCUGUUUUCUGCCGAAAGGCACUAAUUGUUUAUAA